CGGCUCGGCAGCCUCAGGGCAUCGAUGCCCAAACAAAUGCCCCACCCAGCAGACAGAGGCAGCAGAUCGGCCCUGCGACACCUCCCGAAUGCCCUGUCGCUCUUCCGGCUGGCAUGUGGUCCAAUGCUAGUCGCCGCGUACUGGGAGACGCGCCCAGAUAUUACCUUCUGUGCAAUGUUUGUGCUCGGUGGCCUAUCGGACGGGGCUGAUGGCUACCUAGCACGGCGCCUAGACCUCUGCAGCGUCUUCGGUGCAGAAUUGGACGGACGCGCAGAUACGGCGUUCUACUCGGCGAUGGUCGUCGUGAGCCUGCGCUGGUACGCGACCGAGCUUAGACAUCAGCUGCCGCUCAUCCUCGCAACGGUCCUGUCGCAUCUGUUGCAGUGGGCGGUGGCCUACGCAAAGUUCGGGCGGCUCGCCGCGUACCACUCGGUGACGGGCAAGCUCUGGGGGUGUAGCCUCUUCUUCGGCUGCUUCUAUCUCUUCGCGUCGGACGGGCGGCACGCUGCUAGGUGCGCCUGGCUCACGUGUGCCCCCGGACUGAUCAACAACGCACAUGAGAUCUCCAUAUCGUGCGUGUUGGACGAGUGGACGCCCGAAGUGCGCCAUAUCGGCCACGCGUUACGGCAACAGCGCCUCCGGCGACCGUUCGGAUUCGUAGCGACGCCGGCCACAGUCUGCGAGUGGGCGCCGACCGGGCUGGGGCGGUCGGCUCGCUUUGUGUUCCUAGCGACGAAUGUCGCCUACGUCGUGGCCGCGUGGUCGCUGCAGGGCUGGCCGCGUCUGGGCGUCGGGGCGCUGGCCGCCGUCUCCACAAUUUUCCACAGUGUCCAGACGGGCUGCUGCUGCCUCCGCGGACCUCUGUGGACGCACCGACUCAGCCGGUGCGACAUCGCCCUCGCGAGCGCCGUGGGCGCCGCCGCGGCGCGGUCCGCGCCAGUCUGGCCGGCGGCCACCGCGUUUGUCCUCUUCGCCGUGGCGAUCGCGUGCCGGAAACGCCGCCGCUACAAUUCCUACCUCGUCACGCACGGCCUCUGGCAUCUCCUCAGUGCCUGGGUCCUGAGCGAGGCGCUCUGA